AUGCUUAGGAGGGCUAGUUUUCAAGGUUUGAAAUCACCUGGAUCUACACAGGCCCGCCAGUUUUUUUUGGCGAGCGCUCUGACCUUUGGAAACCUCAUUUUUGGUCGUGAUGCUCGAUUGGCAAAUGCCAUGGACAGGGGAGAACUGCACAACAAGAAUAAUACUGGAGAACAGUUGAAAUAUAAACCAAUUGCUGAUUCUCGUCCCAUGAAACCCAAGUACAAGGGCCAUAUCCCAUUAUACCCUCAUGAACGGGUUCUACUGUUUGUCAUUUCAGGACUAAAAUCGUAUUUCCAUCCGGAAGAUGGUGACAACAUCGUUCAAUUGGGUGAAGCAUCGGCGUUUACAUUCUUCCUCGAGAACUUACAGCAGACUAUGCUUUCAGAUAAGACUGGAAGGCGCAUUUUGCGGGAACAACCCGAUAUCACGUCGGAAAGUCUCGAUAUGAAGCGUCUAAGCAAGAUGCCAUCCAACACUUUGGGGUACAGCUACUACAAAUGGCUCAUCAAGGAAGGCGUUUCUCCAGAUACCAGGGCCCCCGUCAAAUACAUUGACGACCCGUUGCAUGCGUAUGUUUUCAAACGGUAUCGCCAAUGCCAUGAUUUUUACCAUGCCAUCAACGACCUGCCAAUCAUCAUUGAAGGUGAAAUAGCAGUCAAAGCCCUCGAGGCAGCAAACAUGGGUGUUCCCAUGGCCGCAUUGGGAGCUGUUCUGGCGCCCCUACGUUUGAAGCCGGUGCAAAAAGAUCGUCUAUACAACGUGUAUCUGCCCUGGGCAAUUAAAAGCGGCCUGAACGCUAAGCCAUUGAUAAAUGUCUACUGGGAAGAGCUACUGGAUCACGACCUGGAAGACAUUCGUAAGAGCUUAAAUUUGUCACCGCCUCCAGACCUCAGACAAAUUAGAAAGGAAAGAGCUCAGCAGCGCAAACAGUUUAAGCUCAAGUAUGAAAAGCACGAAGCCCAACAAUUUGAAUGA